AUGCCUAAAAAAGAGGAAAAAGGUUAAUAAUUAUCUAUGGCUAACCUGAGCUUUUCCAAAAACGAUUUGUCAUCAUAAGCUAGAUCUUACGAGGAAAAUAAAUCAAAGUCAAUCCUACAAAGACUCAAAGACCUUGUGUCAUAUGACAGAUUUGCAUGGACCCUAAUUAGCAUAAACAAAAACAAUAUCUUACCAAUUUAGUUGAUGACAGCAUUUUAAAUUGUAGAUUACACUUUAUUACUAUACACACCUAUCAUUAUCCUAUACUCCUAACGAGCAAAUGUCAAAAUCGAAGAAAGUUGGGUUUUUGAGAAAAUACUUGCAGAGCUAUCACUCUAAACAAUCUUUUACGUUGAACUGGCGGGGAAUCGUAAUACUGCUACAAGUUUUCUGGAUUUCCUUGCUGAAAAAAUUAAUGACUCUAAGAAUUCCUAUAGACUCAAAUCUAAUAAGCUACUUGGAUGGUCGUCUCACUCUUCUGAAACUUUUAUUGAAAAUAAGCUACACUGUUUCACACCUCAUUCUCUCUGA